AUGUCUGCUGCCGGUCGACUUCUACCAGCUCUCGGGGUCACACUGCUCACACUUGGUUUAUGUUAUGUAUAUGCGGAGACAUACGAGCCCCCUAAGGAAUACAAGCGAAUGUGGCGCGAUAUUCCUCCGGCUGCAGCUACAGUAUUUGGAAUCAUGGGAGUCAACGUGGCUAUAUACCUGCUAUGGAAAGCACCUCCGGCAUGGCGUCUGCUCAAUCGAUACUUCAUCAGCGUUCCACUAUACCCCUACGCGAUGAGUGUCGUUGGCAGUGUCUUCAGUCACCAGCAGCUGCGACACUUGGCUACCAAUACGCUUAUACUAUGGCUCAUUGGAACAAGACUUCACGAUGAAAUUGGACGCGGCGAUUUCAUGGCCGUAUACCUCUCGUCAGGCGUGCUUGGAUCUAUCACCUCGUUGACAGCCCACGUCUUGUUGGGCAGGCUAACCAUCACGUCACUCGGCGCAAGCGGUGCCAUUGCCGGGCUCGUAGCAUCCUGGUGCAUGCUCCACUCAAACGACAAACUCGUCCCCAGCUUCCUGCCACACGAAUGGCGCGAAUAUGUCGCCGCAGAUGGCUCCACCGUGCUCGCCGGAAUCGUCCUCUUUGAGCUCUUCAACCUGGUUUCCCCGUUCAAAGUCGCCAAGCUAGACCACUGGGCGCAUCUGGGCGGCUAUUUUGCUGGUGCCGCGUGGGCAAUGAUGCACAAGCCGAAACUGGAAAGGAAGCGUCGAGAGGAGCGUGGGUGGAUUGAUCGGUUUAUGUCUGGUUCUUAG